AAAGGAACAUUUUUUAAUAGACUUUUGCAACAUUUGUGGGGCUUUGUAGAUCGAAAGAAAAAAAUUCGAUACAGCUCGAUAAGGGAAACACGGAGAGCGUUAUUCGAUUUCCUUGUAUACAUAAUAUUCCUGUUGCUGGCCUCACUGGUGACAAAUAGAACGAGCAAUAAUACUAUGCACUAUUAUAACUAUGCUAUGGAACGCCAACUUGUACGGCGUCCUACGGUUAUGGAGCCGGGAUUAGCAAUCACUUUCAAGGGAAUCAAUACAAUAAACAAGUUUUGGGAUUGGAUAUUUUUCAGGUUUAUACCUUUACUUAACAAAGGUGACUUUAAAUCGAACGACAUCCUGUCCGUCUACCAGUUCCGCAACGAGACAUCGGAGUUUCAUGAGCUCGACAGCUGUAUCCCGAAUCGUACCCUGUUGCAUGGAAAUGUUCUGCUCGGACCUCCGCGUCUGAGACAGGUGCGGGUCCAAAAAGAUCACUGCGAAUAUAAUCCAAUCUUCUCGAAAUACAUGGCCUCCUGUUAUGCGUCCUACGAUUGGUUUAGUGAACAUAAAAGUGGCUAUGCUGGAGAUCGAUUUGUCGGCUUGUGGGAGGCUGGCGCAAUGCCAGUUUUUGGCGAAAUUAAAACGUAUUUGGGCGCCGGCUAUAUAAAGAGCUUCAGUUACGAUAACGAUGAGAACAUAGAAAUGGCUGAAAGCAUAAAAUAUAUCGACUGGAUUGAUCGCGGCACACGCAUGGUUAUGCUCGAGUUCAAUAUGUAUCAUGUCAAUACAUAUCUGUUCCAGAGCACAAGAUUAUUUGUGGAGCAGCCUCCCACUGGUGGACUCGUGCCCAGCUAUCAAUUACAUACGAUGCGACGGGACACAUUCUUCGGCGAUAGCUGGCAGAAUGUCAUUAUAGUGUUCAGUUUUUACUUUAUGGUCGCUAUUUUUACUGCCAGAGAUAUCCUAAUCGUUGUGAGAAUUGGUUUCUGUAAAUAUAUCGGCCAAAUUGACAAUUUAGCGGACUUUGUGUGCUAUUUGGGUUGCUACAUUAUGCUGUUCAUCAAUGUGGUACAAGUUUACUACUUUCGGGGCAUAUUGAUCGCAGCUCGCAGUUGUGAUACGUUCGUUAACCUGGAUGUGGUUUCUUUUAUAUCAAUUAUGUAUAAUAAUAUAGUUGGACUUGUCAUAUUUCUGGUCUGGAUUCGAAUGCUCGCCUUUUUUGUUUUUAAUCGUACAAUGGUAAUAUUUGUCAAAGUGGUCAAAGAGGUCACCUACGAAAUGGGUGGUUUUCUUUUAAUGUUCUUUGCCAUCAUCGUGGCAUACGCACAGUGUGGCAUGGCAUUCUUUGAGGGGCACGACAAACAGUUUCGCGAUCUGACAACCUCAAUGCUAACCAUGGUGCGCAUGUUGAUGUGUGACUUUAGUUACGAGGACUUGUUUAAUAUGAAUCACUUUGUAACCCGGAUUUAUUACUUAUCAUUCGUGGUUGUGGUGUACGCGAUGCUCGUUUUUGCCAUGCUGGCCAUCGUCAACUCCACAUACGAUGAGGUCAGGAGCUUUGCACAGACACGUCCCACUAAAUUGGGCCUUGUCAUCGGAUUGUUCUUCCGAAGCGUCUACGAUCGGCUCUAUAGGCUAGUCAGGCGCAAGCGAAAGGAACGGGUUGAGUAUGACCAAGAUGUCAAGGGUGAACUGGAAUUCGAUCAGCGCAUCGGUCCCCAAAUGGCAGCCGAAAAGGAUGUCCUUCGCCGGAGAGCACUUCAACAUCCAGUAACUCUAUCGCAGGCCGAAUAUCUGCCAGAUCGCAUGGAACGUGCGGGCAAAUGUAUCACGUCUUUGGAGGAGGUAACCGGUCCAGUCCUGAAACGUCUUCUUAAAUAUUUAAAUAUUCUGCGCAGAGAGCAAGGCCUCGACGAGAUCGACAUUGAUGUCGUAAUUCCAGAAUCUAAUGUAUAACUUCUCAGCUCCUCCUCAUUCCCCUUAAAUUAGAAAUCACUUGGCUUUUAGGGGCAAGCCUUGUGAUUUUAAUCAUACGUUAUUUGACAAAAACUAUUCCUUUUUGCUGUGGAAAGUAUUGGAAAGCUAUGCAUAACUAAGGCAAGGCGACCAGUUGGCAUUCAGCAGAGCUGGAGCUCAAUGCAAACAUCCUUUUUUAAUUGCAAUAGACUCAUAAACUGUAGAUUUAUCAGUUGCAAGUUGUCAACCGAUGGAAUACGUUCACGCCUGCCCCAAGCACUGUUCUGCUCAUUAUGCGCUUUGUAAUGUCUGUUUAUGUGCAAUAAUGCUUAUAAGUAAAAAAAUUAAAUAAAGAGGAAAGGAAAAGGACGUUAAGGGAAAGGAAAUGCCACACAAACUGAAAUAUGAAAGCGCAAAUAAUGCUUAAGCAAUUUGUUGUCGUUUCGUUUCAUUAAAUGUCCAGUCAUCAAGAGAAGCGAAUCUCUGCCACCCACCACCCACCAACCAAUUCAAUUCACCCUUCAACCCCCCACAUCCGACAGCUUACCUAGUUCCAAUUGGACACCCGCUUCCCCAUCUGGGCUCGACUGACUCCGGUUGUCGUUAUAAUUUGCAAAA